CACAUCAACAACACAAUGAAGUCAAUAAUAUCGCGAACCCAUGAAUGGGACCUCGACAUCGACCAUUAUCUCAAUAGGAUCAUCCCACCAUCACCCUUACCCCACUUCCCCAAACCCAUAGCGCGGUUCCUGGGGUAUAGGAAGAAGCAGAGGCAGGAUGUGGGUAACGUGAUGGGUGCUUUCUGGUCUUGUUUGGGUGCAUUUUGCGGCCUCGCAGUCGUAGCUGCUGUAUUCAACAACACGCCGAGUAUCAGGGACCACCAUGCUCCCUUGAUCGCUUCAUUCGUAAGUCGUCCCCUUACCUUCAUCAACGUGUAUCGCCGCAGUGUCCCAAGAUAGGAAGGAAAGAGGAAAGAAUGUCGCGCUGACUCAAUAUCCAACAGGGAGCAUCCGCAAUCCUCGAAUACAACACAG